CCUUUCCUGGCCGUGAAUGCCACUCACAAUCUCGCCCCAUCUCACUUGAUGACCUAAUUGGCGAGCAGGUCAACUAUGGAACAGGUUUCACCCAUGAUCUCUGAUUUCUUUGACAUUUAAUAUUUUUAAAAAAAGGGUAAAUGUGAGUGGGGUGGCACCGCCAUUGCUCUUAGUUUUUCUCUCCCCACCGCAACACACACUUUGCACUUCUUUUCACCGAGUCACCUUCGCUUCUUCAGUUCACCUGCCACUUUUGACACGAGCUCUCAAGUGUUCUUGCACAAGUUCUGCUGCUGCUGAGUCCCGCACGGAUCGCCAUUAAGGUCUAGUCGCACUUUCGGACGCACUUCGACACUGAAAACGAAACUUCUGCCGGUGUCUCAAGUUAACCUUCAAGAUGAGUAUUAAAUCUGACUCCGAGCCAAACAACAAUGUCUCUGUUGAAGAGGAGGUACGAACUCUGUUUGUCAGUGGUCUGCCAACAGAUAUCAAACCUCGUGAACUGUACCUGCUGUUUCGACCAUUUAAGGGUUAUGAGGGUUCACUAAUCAAGUUAACAUCAAAGCAGCCUGUUGGGUUUGUAACCUUUGAAAGUCGUUCUGGCGCUGAAGCUGCAAAAAAUGCAUUAAACGGGGUUCGAUUUGACCCUGAAAACCCGCAGACCCUCCGGUUAGAGUUUGCUAAAGCAAACACGAAGAUGGCAAAGAGUAAGCUGAUGGGCACUCCGAAUCCCACAAAUUUCCACCCAGCUCUAGGAGCACACUUCAUAGCACGGGACCCAUAUGACUUGACAGGGGCAGCACUGAUCCCAGCAUCUCCAGAGGCCUGGUCGCCUUACCCCCUCUACACCCCAGAGCUCGGCCCCGGCCUGCCCCACACUGCUUUCACCUAUCCGGCGGCGGCUGCUGCUGCUGCUGCACUUCAUGCUCAGAUGCGCUGGUAUCCCUCCACAUCAGAGUCAUCCCAGCCUGGAUGGAAAUCACGGCAGUUCUGUUAAAUACCUAGUGUGCAAUUCAAUUUCUCUUCAAAUGCCACCUUCCAGCUCCUGUUUAAAAUCAGUACAGUUCAUUUGAACUUGGUUUUUGGAUGUAUUAACUUUUUGGAAUUGGGCAAUGAAGUUGAUAUUUGCUAGACAAGUCAUAUUGCCAACUGCAUACAAUAUUAGAGGCAUAUCAAUGGUUCAGUAGACUUUGGUAGUUCUUAAUGGAUCAGAUUCUUGAAAUUUAUUAUUUUUGUAUUAAAGUUAAUAUAAAUUGUUAGACUGUGUUCUUUUGUUCAUUUAUUCAGUAUAUGGGAUAUGAGACAAUCAAGUGACAUACAGACAUUGAGCAUGAAGUGUAGCUCUGUGCAUUGUAGUAUAUUUCUUGCUCCCAUGAUAGGUGUCACCUUGUUAAUUUUCUCCUAUUUAUAUAGCGUGGUCUUAAGUUGCUUUUUACAUGCAAAACAGUGGCCAACUCAUGUUUUGGAUGGGUAAUGUGAUGUCUAGACAGGCAAGCAGAGGGUUUUCCAUUGUAACACAUCAUGGAGGGUCUGAAUUUACAAAAUAUGACAAGACUAUCUCAAUAUGUUUGCGGGGAAAGAGUUUGUGCAAUUAAGUAAUCUGUAUAAGAUAUUUGUAACUGUUUUUUGUGUCAAUGUCCAUUGUAGUAGUUUCAGAGGUUAAAUUGUAAUUUUCUUUGAUUUGACUGUGUCAGUGUGGCACAAAACUAACAGUAUGUGGAUGGCAGGUUUGGCUGCUAAGAUUAAAUUGCUGUCAAGUUAAUACUCUGAAUAUAAAAAUACAGUAGGUUACAAUGGUGCAUGAAUUUUAAUGUGGGUAUAGUAAUGGUUUAUUCAGACAAUGUAUUUGUAAAAAUAGUUUGGAAAAAAUAUACCAUUGUAUGAUAGUAUUAAAAUGGGAAUGCAUUAAAA